AUGUAUCCCAAACCGAACAUUGUUUUAAUCCUAACCGAUGAUUUGGAUGUGUUGAUCGGCGGCAUGGAAAGAAACUCAAAGUAUUACAACUACACGCUGUCUGUGAACGGCAGGGCACAGCGACAUGGGCAGAACUACAGUGAGGAUUACCUUACAGACGUUCUGGCCAAUACUUCCAUAGACUUCCUGGAAAACAAGUCAAACCGCAGGCCGUUUUUCAUGAUGGUGUCCACCCUGGCUCCUCACUCACCCUGGAUGGCCGCCCCUCAGUAUGAGAGCAGUUUCCCCAACUUUAACAUACAUGGCAAGGACAAGCACUGGCUCAUCCGGCAAGCCAAGACCCCCAUGACUAACUCUUCAGUGGAGUUCUUGAAUAAUGCCUACAGAAAAAGGUGGAGCACAUUGCUCUCAGUAGAUGACCUGGUGGAGAAAGUGGUGAGAAAGUUGCAUGUCAGAGGAGAGCUUAGCAACACCUAUGUCAUUUUUACCUCAGACAAUGGUUACCACACAGGUCAGUUUUCGCUCCCCAUGGAUAAGAGGCAACUCUACGAAUUUGAUAUCAGAGUUCCUCUGCUGGUGCGAGGGCCAAAUAUCAAACCGAACCAGACAAGCUUGUUGCUCAUAGCAAAUGUUGAUUUGGGUCCAACGAUUCUGGACAUAGCAGGAUAUAACGUCAAUGAAACGGAUGGGAUGUCAUUUCUUCCUAUCAUGAUCGGUAAAGCAAACAGCAGCACAUGGAGAUCUGAUGUUCUUGUGGAGUAUGAGGGAGAAGGAAACAACAUCUCAGAUCCGGCCUGCCCCGGGGUCCAGGGGUUUCGGUGUUUUUGGAGGUCUAUAACCUGACAGCAGACCCCUUUCAGUUGGGUAACAUUGCCAAAAGCAUCAAUCAGGAAGUCCUGGAGAAGAUGAAUCAUCGUUUAAUGAGGUUACAGUCCUGCUCUGGGCUGUCCUGCAGAACACCAGGCAUCUACUACUCACAGUUUAAAUUUGAUCCUCGGUUAAUGUUCAGUAGCCUAAACCUUCACAGAAACAAACAACGACAGACGCUGAAGUAGACAUGCUGGUUAAAUGGCAGAAUAGAAAAGGGAGGAUGAGAAUAAAAGACUGAAUAACAA